AUGGCAUCUCUAUUAAUUGCGCUUGCUGUCGGUGGGCGCCACUUAUACCUGGUUCACAAAGACAAGAAGCGCGAAAGGCGUCAGCGCAAACUGCUGCAGGAAGAAAUGGAGGGGUGCGAUCGCAACGCGGGGUCUCGUUCUGGCAAGAGGGUCUUGAGAAAAGGACGCUCUGGGCGGCGGCGGGAGGGGGAUGGGACGGACAACCCAACGGUCAGAUAUGCGCGACGCGACUCGCAGGAGACAAUGACGAGAAAUCGCCUGAUAAGGGAUGAAGACUCGGCUAGCAGGUUAAGCGAGCAGUCGACACUCGUUGGGGAUGAUGAAGCAGGUGCAGGGGGAGUGCAGGGAAAUGACAGCUAUCACUCUAAUGUGGCUGCAUAG